ACUGCAAGACAUACCUGAUGAAGGAAGAGUUUAAAACAAGGAUCAGCUGCGAAUUUUACCAGUUUUGCUGUGGUAGCUGUUCCGAGAUGUACUGCUGUUCCAAUUUUCUGUAUAAACUUAAUGAUGAAGAACAAUAUCUGUGCACUGAAUCACACGGUUUUAGGCAGAGCAUGCUACCACAUGGAUACGGUGACACUGACUGCAAGGAAUAUUUCACCAGCAGUGGGACAUAUGUAGCUGAUUUCAGAUGCCCCCCUUCUCAGUUCUGCUGUGGUUUCUGUGGUUUCAAGUUUUGCUGUGCUGACCCUAAAACCAGAUUAUCCAGUUAUGAUCAGAACAACUGCAUGGAUGGUCUUUUUCCUGAAAGGAAACCUCCACAAGAGGAGAUUGACUGCAUGAAAUAUAAAACAAGAAGUGGGACAUUUGUAGAGGCCUCUAAAUGCCCUACUAAACAGUUAUGCUGUGGUGACUGUCAAAACAAAUUCUGCUGUGAUGAUCCUAGAGAGAGGAAAUUUCCCAAUUUAUUACAAAGCAACUGCAAGGAUGAUUCAGUUGAUACAAGGUAUUGAAAAAAUGAAUGUGUUAUCUCAGAACUCACUUUAUCUUUGGUUACUUUGUAGCUAGUUCCAAUGCAGUGUCCAAAUACACAACCAACAUGUCUCUUAUGGUUUGCAUGGAACAGAGUC